UAACCAAAAGGAAAAAGCAAAAUUAAACACGUUGCGUCCCGGUCGCAACUGAAAUCCUCCACCUCUGUUCCACAAACCCCGGGAAAAAUAUUGCCUCAUCCUCACGAGAAACGGAAAUUACAAAACACUUUCUCUCAGAAAUCGCCACCGCAGCACAACACCACUCUACGGUUCCCGCCAAAACUGAUGCUAGGGUUCACUCUUCCGCUUCAGCUUCGUUGCUGCCAUCACCUUUCCCAGCAACCGCCCCUUCCCAACCCGAUUUCGCCGAAACCAUUCUACCCGCCCGUCGUUCCCUCUGUCCCUCGGCCCCGUAUCGGCCCCGGUCUGCGCGCCAGUUUCCCAGUCUUGUCCGGUUCGGUUUUCCCGGAGGAUGAGCCGGACGUGGAGCUGGGGCGGCUGCUCGCGCUGCUGCCGGAGGAGAUGCGGCGUCGCGUGAGCGACCACGCGGAGCUGCCGCAGCUGAUUGAGGUUGUGAUGGAUUUGGGCCGGAAACCGCUCGCGAGGUUUCCCUCCGGUGAUUUCGUAAUAUCGGAGUAUCCUAUCACGGUUCAGGAUAUCGAGCACGCCACUGCUCAGGUUGGUGACUUUGCUGUUGAUAAUCGAGCAGGAAUCAGCAGAACAUUGCAUCGAAUUAGUGCUAUCAGAAAUCGCAAGGGCACAAUUAUUGGUCUAACUUGUCGAGUUGGUAGGGCAAUUUCAGGGAGUGCUAAGUUGUUGCAAGAUUUGAUUAAGGAUGGGGCUUCUUUGUUGUUGAUUGGACCUCCAGGAGUAGGCAAAACUACAAUUAUUAGGGAAAUUGCUAGGAUGCUGGCAAAUGAUUACAAGAAACGGGUGAUGAUUGUGGACACCUCCAACGAAAUUGGGGGUGAUGGUGAUAUUCCUCAUGCUGGAAUAGGCAAUGCGCGACGAAUGCAAGUUCCUAAUUCUGAUGCACAACAUAAGGUACUGAUAGAAGCAGUUGAAAAUCACAUGCCACAAGUUAUUGUAAUUGAUGAGAUUGGUACAAAACUUGAAGCAAUGGCUGCGAGCACAAUUGCACAACGUGGGAUUCAGCUUGUUGCCACUGCUCAUGGAAUCACAAUUGAGAAUCUGAUAAUGAAUCCUUCAUUAGAGAUGCUUGUUGGAGGGAUACAGAGCGUGACGCUAGGGGAUGAAGAGGCCAGUCGCAGGGGUGUUCAGAAGACUGUAUUGGAGAGGAAAGGCCCAUCUACAUUUAGUUGUGGAGUGGAGAUUAUUUCAAAGACAGAAUUGCGUAUUCACCGUAGCCUUGAAGCAACUGUAGAUGCUAUUCUUUCUGGUCGUUUUCCAAAUGUAGAAAUACGGAAGAUGAAGUCUCAAGAGCAGGAAGAGAUUUUAGACAAUGGACCUGUUAGUGACAGUUCUCUUCAAAAAAAUGGUGAAAUUAUGUUUGAAGAAAUUACGGAGGGAGCUGAUGAUCAAACCAGCCAAAAUGAAUUACUUUUCAAGUUGCCGGUUGACUUGGUAGAAGAUUCCUGGGAACAUAAAUCGCCACUUAGCCUGUUUUGUUACGGGGAUGCUUUCUUCUUCACGCGGUGCUUUCUUCUUCACGGGCAGUCAGGUUUUUUAUGCUUCUUCUUUUCUCUUGCACUUUAUGCCUCUUCUCCACCUUCUUAUGCAUCUCAUAUUUCUUUCCCUUCUUAAUUUAUAACCAAAUAUCCUUCCAAAUGUGACUCUUCAGUUUGGGUUUUUUCAUUUUCGAUGUGUAUUGCAUGUUGCGUGAAGCUCAUCCGGUGUGAGUAGCAGGUCUGAGUAGCGUGUAGGUAGUGUGUCUCGUGAGAUGUGUAUUUUGAGAAAUAUUUUGGGGAAGUGUAAGCGUGGGCAGAAUCGGCUGAAACGAAACUGAAUCGGGAAUCAUACGAUUCCUACACGAUUCAUCCGAUUCAGAACACGAUUCAAGUCAGAAAACGAUUCAUCUACUGAUACGUUUCGUUGGACCAAAAUUUCGAACCAUAUCGCGAUACGAAUCGUACGAUUCUAACGAUUCUAACUACCAUGAUUGCCACCUCAGGGCAACUACGAUGAAGCAAGUGGAGGCAAAAACACGUGUUGGGUGAAUCCCACUAAUAGAGAAAGAAGAUGCCUGUGUAGUUUCAUGGCUAUGCCGAUGGCAGAUGACUCAAUCGACAAAUCGGAGUACGGUGAAUACCUUCGUGUGAUCGCUAAUCUAAUUGGAGGUUCAAUGUUACGAAAAGGUUAACCCGUUCGUACAAGAACACAAAAUCCCUUAACAACUACCCCUCCUUCAGAGGCUAGCACCUGACAGCCUGGUGAAUUCGGAACUCCCCCUUUGUUGGAGUAGUUUCCUCCCCGAGGUCCAAACUCGAGACAUUGGGUUCGUUGCAAGGCUCUGAUACCAUUGUUACGAAAAAGGUUAACCCAUUCGUACAAGGACACAAAAUCCCUUAACAUUCAACAAUCGCAAUGGUAGUGGAAAAGGCGUGACAUAGUUGGUGGUUGUGAAAGACAAGUUGGGUGCAUUUCAGGCGACCCCAAUAAUCAAAGAAAAUAGAUGCACUUUAAGCAACCCUAAAAAUACGAACCACAACUAAGAUGGCUAUGAAGAAAUGCGAAAGUAGAGCCCUUGAGUCGAGGACUUUGAUAUCAACUUGAAAAAGAUUAAACUGAGAGAAAAGAUUUUAUUGAAUUGAUUCACUGAAACAAUACACCAGCCUCUACAUAUAGAGAACUCUAACCAUAGAAUAAUAUGAUUACAUAAAGAUCUCUAAAAUCUCCCAACAACAUACUAUUUUAGCUUGUCAAAAAUGUUUUCUCCUGAAUCCAAAUCUUUGUUGAUAGAUAA